AAACUUCCGCUUUGUCGCGUGACACUGAAAUGAUUUCGAUGGGCAUUAAGUAGAUUUCUUUGAAAUCUUCCUCUUAAAUCAAUGUGAAAUGAACCCUAACGACGAAAAGGCAUCUCUACUCCACUCUGGAUGUUCAAGAUCCACUAUUUAUUCCAGAAACUUGUCUCAAGGGGAAAGGAUUUUAGAGCUAUCCAAAUCGAGAGAGUUAUCCUCAAAGUACAGAUUGUAUCGCAGAAGAUGGUACAUGCUCCUUGUCCUAUUUGUACUGAAUGUCUCCAAUGCUAUGUUGUGGUUAAGUUUUGCCCCUGUGGCUGACUACACAGCUUCAUAUUAUGGUGAGAGUGUUAAUGCCAUAAACUGGCUUUCGAUUGUGUUCCUUCUUUGUUAUUUAUUGUUUGGCUUGGUGGCAGUUUGGAUCCUUGAUGUUCUUGGUUUACGAACAGGGUUGGAGAUGUUUUCAAUUCCUGCUUUCCUUGGUGUUGUCAUGGCAACCUUUGGAGUAUGCAGUAGCUCUCCACCAACCCCACCCACAGCAUCAGCAGAGUCAUCAUCAGAGCCUUUCUUUCAGGGUCUCAAAAAGCUUUUGCAGAACAAACCUUACCUAGUGUUAUUGGUGACGUUUGGUUCUGGGAUAGGCCUUUUUACAUGCCUUACAACAAUUUUAGAACAAGUUAUCUGCCCCAGAGGAUAUAGUGAUGACAUGGCAGGAACAGCAGGUGCUGUUUUGAUAGCGGUUGGUCUGGUGGGAGGUGGAUUCACUGGUGUGUAUGUUGACAAAACCAAGAAGUUUAAAGAGACAGCAAAGAUUUCAUAUGCACUGGCUGCAGUAUCAUGUUGUUUACUCUUAUACGUGAGUAGCAAGCCUGGUCAACCUGCUCUUGUUGUGGCCACCUGUGGCUUGUUUGGUUUUUUUUCAUUUGCCCUCAUGCCAGUCUGUUUGGAAGUAGGAGUAGAGUGUACCUAUCCUGUGGCUGAAGCAACAAGUGCUGGGCUGCUGUGGAUGGCAGGUCAAGCCACUGGGGUAAUAUUCAUAUUAGUUUCACAAGCUUUAGCACUUCCCAAAGUUUUCAAAAAGUCCAAGUGUCAUCAGAAGUCAGGCGACAAGGAAGUUCCGGAUUAUCUGUAUUCCAUGAUUUUUAUGACGUCAGCGGCUGUUGCUAUGGCAAUUUUGAUAAUCUAUGGCUUCAACCCUCCUUACAAACGCCUCCAGAUGGAGCAAAGAAAAGAGGCUCAGAAAAUUCUUCAAGCUGGUGCUGAGCAGAGACUUCCAAGUAUACCUAACCCGUCUGACCCAGACAUCAAAAACUUGUGCUAGGAUAAAACUUGCAGACAUUUCUUUUAGUUUUAGCAAUGGUGGUUUGUUACUUCAUCAGAGCGUAUUUUGACUGACCGUAUAAACCCUUCACCGGAACUCUAGAAUAAAGGUAAAGAUCACAAGAGGCCCAUGGGAACAAAUGUCUUGACUAAGCUUGGAAUCACAAGUGUCUAAGGGGUUGAUGGUUUUAGUUCUGCAUCUGGGUCCAGUUGUUCAAAAGGUGGUAACUACCUAACAAAUAAGAGUUAGAGAACGUACUGCGGUAUCCGCUGGAUCAAGGUUAAUUCAGUGGAUAGCGUCAUCCGCCCCUUGAACAAACGGGGCUUUGGAUAGCAUAUAGAAAUGAAGCAAAACUAAGCGAUUUAAAAUUACUCUUCAAAAUGAUUUGAGAAUUGCUUUUUAAGGCAGUGUACUGUUCCAAAAACUAUCCUUGCCUUCCUCCGCACAUGUUCACAUAGAAUUUGCGGGGAAGCCAAGUUUAAGAGAAUACGAUUUUUUCAAAAACGCAUUAAGGUAAAUGAAGAUUUUGUCAGCCGGAAAAUACUUCGUUAGCUUCAUAAGGAAUCGGCGAUCUUAGUCAGAAUGAACGGAGUGGGCAACAAACGCUUCGAGAGGCGUACGUUUAGAGUUCAAUUAAGCCGACUCAACUCGAUAGUUGAUGAAUUUAAUAGUUUCAUUUUCACGAUCCUCAAAGUUGUACUCGUUCUUUUCAGCGGUCAUGUUAUGGCUGCAAAGCAAAAUGACCUUCAAGUUACAGAAAAAAGUUAAAUAAUGUAACUCUUUACCUGGUGGGUGUAGGACUUGAUUAAAUGUAACGCGAACCUAAAAAAAUGAUAACUAGGUUAUUUCAUAUAUUUUAUAUAAAUGUAUUUAAAUAACGCUUGUGGUGCUUGUUUUUUAAAAGUCCUCAAGGCUGUAAGUUUAUGUGAGAAUUAUAAAUGAUAUAGAAUGGAGAUGCAUGGAGGGAUGCAUACGAUAAACGCAGUUAAAUUAUGCUGAUUCUUUAAUAAGUUCAACCGAGGAAUUAGCCAGAUAUCAUCUUGCCACAACGGUUCUGAAAUUAUAGCGAGACACGUCUUUAACAAAGAAUGCGCUCAACCAUGUCUUUAGAUUAAUACUCCUGUGGUUUAUUUUUAGAAAAUAAAGUAUUUUUAUUUUUAAAAGGA